UCAUCACUAAUGCCCUGAUCCUGCUAAAUGGACCUGGUUAAGUCUCAUAUUAGGGGACUGGUUCUUCCUCCAUCCUGUCCCUUGUUCCCUUAUGUACAGGAGCAUCCUUCUCCAGCUCUCCUUUGGGGUUUGAGCCAGUGACAGUGAGGUGUAUAUAAGACCCAGCGAGGAUGUUACCACCACUAAAGUUAGCCUGGACACUGCAGAAAGAAGACAGUGAACCCUAACCAGGACAAGUCUUUCCUCUGUUCCCCAGGAGCCGAGCCUUUUGAAGUCAACAGGUGUAAUAGGACAACCAAAAUCCUUACUCAGAAUUCAUCUGACCACCCCUUCUGUUUGAGAACAUGGACACAGCUGCUCUGGUGACUCUUCUGGCUCUGGUUGUGGCAAUGGCUGGCGUCAGUCAGGCUCUUCAUAUCAAAGGCAGUCCCGACAAAAAUGACAUCCUGCCAGACUCAGAGGAGAACAUCGCCGACCACCUGCUGGGGCUGGAGAGUGAAAACACAGAUAACAGCAAUGAUGAUCGUCUGCUGACCGCAGUGCUGAGAGCUCUGCUGCUCGGAUCUCAGAGAGAAACUAGGAACUCUGUCCUCCAUCAGCCACAGAGGUUUGGCCGCGGCUCUAGAGGGCAAGUAGUGUCGGAUGAUCUCAUACAUUCCCGUGAGUGGGAGGCUGCCCCCGGUCAGAUCUGGAGCAUGGCCGUGCCCCAGAGAUUUGGCAAGAAAUGAUCUGGCAGGCAGAUCCACGCAUCAACGUCCUGGGACAAGGCCAAGCAGUGGGCAACUAUGGAGAGACCAAAUUUGAAUGGAUAAAUCUGAAUUAUAUUAUUUUUUUCAACAGUGUUCCAUCCCAUGAGGCCUUGCUUGACACGUCUAGUUAAAUAUGACAUAAGUCUCUUUUUUGUUAUUUCCAACAAAAAUGUUAAGGGGUGCCUAUGAAGGUCAUUCUUAGCAGACCUCAUUUUUCCUCACUUGAAUGUUAUUUAGGACCAAAAGUUUUUGCUGUAAAUUGAUUGCUACAUUUUUUGUUAUUCUUCUGUUUUCUGGUCAAAUAAAAGAGCUUUGAAUGUA